AUGGGUAAUGGGAAGACUGAUGGUCCGCCCACCGGGGUUGCGAAGACCGAUGAUAAACCUGCCGGUGUCGCGAAGAACGAUGAUCCGCCCGUCGAUACUACGCAGCCCGGGGACAUGCUUAUCAAGAGCGCCCAGCGGGGAUCAACCCUCGUCAAUGUCCCUAGCAUCAUCGAGGUGAUCAAAGUCUUCUUCUCCGGGAUCAUCAAUCAGCUGAAAGAGGAUAUCAAAGGACUUAAAGAGAAGGUGGAAACCCUAGAGAAGAAGGUGGAAACCCUCGAGCAGAAGGUGGAAACUCUGGAGGGAUUUAUUAAGAAAGCUCAACCGGUGCUAGAUGCGACGAAUCUGCACCUUGUGUCGCUAUUCGGGGAGGAUUCGAAGGGUGGUGAGGCGCUUACAACGUUAUUCGAAGGCUUUAAUGAAGACUCUACGGAUGCGAAAUAG